AUGUUGAUUCAGAUGUGGUACUCGCCAUUAACUUUGCAAAAUUGAUUAGAGAUAAUAUCAUAAAAAGGCCAAGGCUAAAAAAGGGCGGAGCCCAUAGCUCCUUGCCAUGUUCUCAUAUUCCUCUUUUUUCAUCUCUCAACUCUGCAGGCCACAGUCCGUAAUCCGCACACACGCACAACCCUUUUUCUGGGACUUUCAGUUGGCCACUACCAUCCAUGGUUACUAAUUACACUGUGUAGUGUGUACUAAUGAAAGCAAAAUAUCUCAAAACACAGUCAAUUUUAGGGCUUAAUGGACUUAGACACCAGACCCCAUCACCGCACAGCAGCCGUUACAAGUAAUAAUAGCACAACAAGUGAGCUCUUUAUUUGCUUUACUUCUCGUCUUUCUUCUUCAUCUUUUUCUUCUUCCAUGAAAUUCUCUAAAUCAAUUCUUAGUCCUGGUCGGGCACGUGAUGGGCCUCUUUCUCUUCCCACUUCUCUUAGCCGGAGACUCCGAGCAAAUGGUAGCAUAAAAGGGGGUCAAGCUUCUCCUAUGUUUCCGGCCACCGGGAAGAAACGUGGGUCGGGUUUUGAAAACCCGGAACCUACUUCGCCGAAGGUUACUUGUAUUGGUCAGGUUAGAGUGAAGACGAAGAAGAAAGUGAAACAAUCACGUAGUUUGUCGAAAAGAAGAAGUGGAAGCGGCGAGGUGAGUUUUAGGAAACUGGAGCAAGCCACUGAGGCAUUUAAUCAAACAGAUGAUAGGCUAUUGAUGAGGAAUCAGAGGUACUCACAAGGGAACUCGAGUGUGCAUUAUCAGCAACAAGAAUGCGUUUCUCAUAGAAAUCAGAGGUGGGUUCAUCUGCCAUUGACGAUUUGUGAAGCUUUGAGGGCUUUUGGGGCAGAGUUCAGCUGUUUGUUCCCGUGCCGUUCGUCGUGUUUUUCGACGAACGAAAGAGAAAAGGAAGAGAAAGGAGGAGACAAUAAUGAGCAGAGAUCGUGUGGGGCGGUUUUCGCUAGAUGGUUAGUAGCAGUGCAAGAUGGAGAAGGAGGAAAAAGGAGGGAUAUUGAGUUGGUGGUGGCGAGUGGUGAAGAGGAAAGAACAGAGGAGGAGGCGAGUCAUAGUACAAUGAGGAGUUCAAGAAGGCAUGUGUUUGAAGAUAUUGAGUUCAAUGAUGACAUUGUUGAAAUGGAAAGGGGAGGAGGUAAUGAAGAGAAAGGUAGAGUGAGUAUUUGUAUUCCGCCCAAAAACGCUCUGCUUCUUAUGAGAUGUAGAUCCGAUCCUUUGAAAAUGGCCGACCUAACUAAUCGAUUCAGGGUGUCACCUGUUCUGAAAGAUGAACAUUAUGACGAGGAAGACGAAGAAGAUGAUGCUGGAAAACUAGAAAAAUUCGGAGAAAAUAAGCAUAUAGAAGUAGUAGAUUGUCAGAAAUGUGAACCCAUUAAUGAAGUUGAAGCAAAGGAAAAAUUGUGCAAAAUAUCAGGUGAAACUAGUCUUUCGGUAAAUCUCAAUGAAAUCGAAGAGAAUCCAGAGGAAACAGAGGUCAUGGAAAUAGAAGAAGAAAACAGGGAGGAGCAAAAGCAUGAAACUUGUGAAUUAGCACCAGAAAUCGAGCAAGAAGAUGACCAAAUAGAGUCUUUUGUAGUAGAAGAAGACGAGUAUCUUGAACAAUCAGUCCAAUUGGUAAAUCAAACAGAAGAUAAUGAAGGCAUAGAAGGUAUCCAUAUUGGAGAGAUUGCAGGAGGAGGAGAAAAACUGACCAUUUCAACCCGUUCAUCUUUGUCAGAGAACUCAGACAGAGGAAGUAUCAAAAUAGAGGAUGAAGAAGUAGAACUAGUAACUGAAGAAGCUGAAUUUUUAGAAGAAGAAGAAAGAUUCAAGUCAAUCAUAAUGAAAGAAAUUCAAGAAAUACUAAUGUUGGGUAACAUAGAAUUAAAUUCAACAAUAUUCCAACAACAAUCUGAACAUGAAGGACGAGAAGAAGCUGUACAAAAUGAUGAACAAAUCGAAGAAGAGAAGCAAAUGGAACAACCCAAAGAGCCUGAAAACGAAGAAAAAGAAUCCGUUUUGCCAGACUGUUUGCUACUAAUGAUGUGUGAACCCAAGUUAUCAAUGGAAGUUUCCAAAGAAACAUGGGUGUGUAGAAGGGAUUUUCUCAGAUGGUUACCCGAGAGAAAACACCACGCCAAACCACCCAAGAAAGAGAUUCCUGACGAACAACCCAAAAGGCGGCGGAGCACUGACACUAAACCUACAGAACACAGGAAUAAACACCUACUACAACCACCAAGAUCGUCGUGUUCUUUACCGGCGGCGACGGGUAUGUCCAUGGCUACCAUGAUUGAGCAGAAGCUAGUGAAUGCAGCUGCUUACGAGCCGUUUGUGUUGACAAGAUGCAAGUCGGAGCCAAUGAGGACUGCGGCGGCUAAGCUGACACCGGAGAAUUGUUGCUGGAAGAAUAGAAAGAUUGAGCCUCACCGGCCGGCUACAUUUGGAGUUGGAGCAGCUGGAGUCGGGUUUUGAGCUGACCCGAAUUGUUGUUACUAUUGGAUACAGUAGUCUAGCACUGUUUGUCUAGCUUGUACAUUUUUCUUUAAAAUUAUUUCAUCAGUAAAUUUUUUAGUUGAAAUUAUCAA